AUGCCGGGCGCCGCACCACUCCUGCUCACCCUGGCCCUGCUGCACCUGCUCCACUGCCGCUCGGAUUAUGCGGAGAAGGAGAACACCAUCGCCAAAGCGCUGGAGGACCUGAAGGCCAACUUCUACUGUGAGCUCUGCGACAAGCAGUACCACAAGCACCAGGAGUUCGACAAUCACAUUAAUUCCUAUGACCACGCGCACAAGCAGAGGCUCAAAGAACUGAAACAAAGGGAAUUCGCUCGAAACGUAGCCUCUAAGUCCAGGAAAGAUGAAAGAAAGCAGGCGAAGGCCCUCCAGCGCCUCCACCGGCUGGCAGAGCUGAGGAAGGAAGCCGCGCGGGCUCCCGGAAGUGGCCCCAUGUUCAAGUCCACGACGGUGACGGUGGGAGACACUCGUAAUGGCCUGCCCCAGGGAGCUGUUGUGGGUUCAGUUCACAACCAGGAGGAUGUCAAGUGUCCUUUGGGUCCCAGCGAAGAGCCUGCGAAAGAGGUGAGCGCUGUGGCCGCAGACCCAGGAAGUGCACGUCAUUCUGCAAAGGCACACCGGCUCGGGGAGCGCGCCCAGGGCGUUCACGGACACAGGACUGCCUUCUCUUUCGCGUUUCCCAAGAAAGCGUCCCUGAGGCUGGAGUCCUCGGCCGCAGCCUUCGCUGAGAGCAGCGACGAUGCCUCCCUGGACCGAGGGCUGGGGAGGCGGAGUCGGUUUGUCCCAGGGCCUUGUCAUCUGCAGCGGCCUUCGCCGACAGGCGUGCUCCUGAGCCCCGAGGAGAAGGCUCACUUCCUUCCUCCAGCCGAGGGAACGUGCCACUGCCCGGAAACGGCUCCAACGCAGGAGAUGACAGAGGUCGCUUGUGAAAAAGAUACAUUUUUAUUACCUUCCUCUUGCCAGUUCCAACCCCCUUUGUCUUCGGAUGCAGGUCAUUGCCAAAAUUCAGUGGCAUCCGCAGAUCCAGCACCCCCGGAAGAUGUUGCUAUGAAUGAAGACAUAGCUGAGGGUCUUGCCGAUUCCGAGUCGUCAGGAAGUAGGGGCGCAGCUCUCGAUCGGGCUGCCAACCACACGGCUUUGCCAGCGGCCCCAGCGGAAAGUGCGAAGGACGAUGCAGCACCCGCCAUCGAAGCUGAAACUGAACCCCGUGGUCCUGAGAGGCUGGCCCCUUCCCUUUCUGAAGCGGGCACUGUCACUUCACAUAAAACGCCAGAUUUCUCUAAAAGGCCCUGUGAGCCCUUUGUUCCUGUGCUUAACAAAGAUGGGUCCACGGUUCUUCAGUGGCCGUCGGAAAUGCUACUUUACACAACUGCUCAGCCACCCGUUUCCUACAGCUGCAACCCUCUCUGUUUUGACUUUAAAUCCACUAAAGUGAACAACCACCUAGAGAAAAACAAGCCGCCCUUCAGUGGCCUGUGUUCCCAGCAGAAGGGGGAAGACGUUUGCAAGAGCCCGGCUUGGGAUUGCACGGGCAGCGCUGUCACAGGCCCCACAGGUCAUGACGGUGGAGGAAGCAGAAACGAAUCCGCCCCAGUCCCUCCUCUUCUGGCUGAAGAUUCUCUCUCCAGUGGUUGUGAUUCUGGAAGAAAUGAGAAUAUAGAUCAGAGGUAUAAACAUAGUUCCUGUAGGAGCAGAAAAACAAAAAGAUAUCAUUUUAUUCAAAAACAAACAAAACAGAAUACUCAUGAGAAAUGCCACAAAACAAGGUUGAAAGAUACGCAUGAACACCGGUUCCAUAAAAGCAGAAGAAAGAAAAAACGAAGGAAGUUAUGUCACCACCAUCGUGGGGAGAAAGCCAAAGAAUCAACAACUCCCUUCAAAACGGAGACAGGAAAUAGUUGCACCGACACAGCUAGGAAACACCCGCUAGAAACGAUUUCAGAAAAGCGGGAUUUAGCUGAAGAGCCACCGUCAGACGCACAUCAACCACCUGAUAAAGAGCCCACAUCAGCAUUUCUGUUCUUACGUGAAAAUACAGAAACGUGGAAAACAUGGAACGCCGCAUACAAUCAUAAUGACGAUAUCAGUUCUAAAAAUCACUGGACAAAGAACUCGACUGUUUUAAAUGGACAGUCCAGUCCCACAAAGAUGGGUUCUGGGAAAUGUAGUUUAACACCCUCCAGAACUUCCUGCAGUUGCAAAGCCACGGUGCCCAGCUGUGGUCAGGACCACGGAUGCGUCUUUCUUCCAAAGGCCACCAGAGGCGCGCCCCCGAACCAGGCCGUCAAGCGAGGCUAUAAUUCUCUGGUCAAUGAAGCCGAAAGAUGUUAUCGAAAGCGAAGGCCACACUCAUCUUCUCCCUCUUCGGAUGAAAGUCUAAACGCACAGCAUGCUUCACCAGGAGAAUUCGGGGCACCACCCCGAGCUCCCUUCACGCCUAGAAGGAGACGGAGGAGGAAAAGAGGCCGGUUCCGCCCCAGACGGGGAGCCCUGGAGCUCAGGGAGCGAGCAGACCACCCCGCGAAAGCGGCUUCUCCUGUCGGUCAGCCGGGCGGGUUGAUGGGCGCAGACACAAAAGAGGAACUAAACCCACAAGACAUGGCAAAUGUCGACAGGAACUCAGAGCAAACAGACCCCGUAACACACAAGCUGACCCCACGCCCCAGCAGCCCCCUUCCUUCGGGAAGCGAUGGGGGAGCUGAGUGUGUGGUCACCGAGGCCCCCUCUGGCUCCAGGCCCGAGGUUUCCGAUGAGCCCACCUCUGUCCCUGCAGCUGGCACCCCCGCAGCGGAAGAAGUGCCCGGCGCCCGGCUGGGGCACCAGGAGGGAAGCCAGACUGUACCCAUCAGGGAAAAGCAGGUGCCUCCUGCGGAGAAGACCUGCCAGCAGCCCCCGCCCAAGGCGCUCCUUUGCCACCACGAGCUGGCCCAGGCCCUCCCCCAGGGGAAGGCGGCCGCGGCCGAGGCCUCCCCCGAGUGGCUGUGUCUCCCUGCAGGAAUUCUUCACGCUCACCCACCACUGCCCUUCAAAGAAGCACAGGUCAGUGGCCACGCCUUGGUCACCACGGAGCAAAUCCUGGCUCCGUUGGCUCUGCCCGAGCAGGCGUUGCUGAUCCCCAUAGAAACCCCUGACAAGUUCAAAGCUCUCCCCUGCGAGGUCUACCAGCACAUCCUCCAGCCGGGCCUGCUGGCCCACAAGGUCAAGCUCACCUUCCCCGCGGCGGCCCUGGCCCCACCCAGCGCGCCUCUGCAGCCUCUGCCUCUGCAGCAGCCCCUGAGCUCUACCUCUGUCACCACCAUCCACCACACCGUCCUGCACCAUCAGACGGGGACCUUGAAAGUGCUUCAGCCGCACCAACGGUUCCUGUCCCAGGUCCCGUCUCUCACCAGGACAUCCUUACCUCAAACUGCCAUCUCCAGGGGACCCCUGGGCACCAGGCUCUGUCCCGGGAACCCACCCGCGUUAGUCGCACCUCCUCCGAUACCCAUCAUUCCAGCCUCGGUCCUGCAUCCCAGCCCCUUGGCCUUCCCGCCUCUGCCCCACACCCUCUUCCCCUCCCUGCUCGCCCCCCACCCGGCCGUCCUCCCGCUCCAGCCCCUCUUCUAGUCACACCGUCAAAGGGAAAGAGAUCAAUGAAAACGGUGGCUGUGUGUGUGGGUGCUCAGCCACGGGGGUCACUGCCCGCUGAAUGGUGGGGAGAGCCAGCCAAACCAUGCCUCGCGGAUGGGAAAGCCCUUCCUGUGAGUCCCAGGAUGCAAAUGAGUUCCUAGUUUCUGACAUAGAAUAUUAUCAAGGCACUGAAUCGUUUCAGAAUCAAUACAAUAUAUGCUGUAUAUUAAGUCGAUGUCUUAAGAGUAUGUAUAAUGUACAUAAAAUAUAUUUAUAGGGCUGUAAUGUAUGUUGUAAAGUAUGCUCUUUGGUUUUUGUUUAUUUUUUUAAUCUUUGUGUAUUUGCACCUAUUUAAUGUUUAGACAAAGCUGAUGGCACUAUGUUUUGUACCACGUUCCUUGAAACUGGAAAUUCAGUGAGAAAUAUAUCUUGCAAUAAAUUUUUGUUAAAUAUUUAAGUAAAA